AUGGUAUGGUUUCUGGCACAGCAAGCAGGGCUUCAGCGACUUGAUCUUUUGCAUGCAGCUGGCAAGGAGACCCGCCUGGCAAAGCUCACAGGCGGAAAGGCCCCCGAUGUGGACUGGACACUCAUCGCCGAUCGCAUCAACAAGCGAUUCAAGUACAAGCCUGGCAAGGAUGCGUUCUGCCCUUCCUCUUACCUGACCUAUGAAGACUGGUUUUUGAGGGCACUUUCACCAGCAACGCAUGAGCUAUGCAUGGCGCAAGCGGCCUUGGCGGAUGUUUGCGCUCCGGUGCAGGGGAAAGCGUGGGAACAGGUGCCGAGCGGCGAGAUGUCGCUGAAGAUCUCCAUCAUUGCGGUGUCUGAGCUACUGCGCUUGUUGGAUGGGCAUCGGCUCUUGCAACUGCGACUGCGCUGGCCAGACUACCACCGUGUUCACAGUCCUGUGGAUGGCAAGAUCACAGACGUUUGCUGCUGCCAGAAGGAUGAGCUUUUUCCUGGAGCUGAGUCCUUGACAAUUUUCUCCUUCAGCACAGCUUUCGGUUUGGUGCGCCUGCUGUGCAUCGGCGAAUGGUCGGUUCAAAGCUUUGUGGCGAUGGCAAAGGUAGGAGACGAAGUAGCCAAGAUGGACGAGCUUGGCCAUUUCGAUUUGGGGUCGCAAGUCAUUCUCUCUCUGCCGAAGGGAGCGGACGUCCUCUUUGAGGGAAGCCCGAGGCUUUUCCCUGGGGAUCCCAUUGCUGACUGCGGUAAGGCCAAAGAGCUGCCAAGGGAAGCGGACGAGACGACAACCAGAAAUAGGAGUUUCGCAGAAUGA